AUGACCAGUUGGUGUAUGUCCGAUUUGGUAUUUGUUUUAAAAUGCUUUUUGGUACAUAGUUCUAUUUACGAUUAUGUCAUUAUGUUAUCAUUGGGUUUAAAGAGAGUAUUAUCUUCAUCAUCACUAUCACUACUCAGAUCAUCAUCAACAUCAACUUGUUAUAGAUACUAUUCUUCAGAACAAGUCGAAAAAUAUGAUAUUGUAAUAGUAGGAGGAGGAUUAGUUGGUAGUUCAAUGGCAUGUGCAUUGGGAUCAAGUGAUUAUACAAAGCAUUUGAAAGUAUGUUUGGUAGAGUCUGCACCGAUCCAACCAUUGCAUCCUCUGACCGUUGAACAUGACAUUAGAACAUUGUCAUUCAACAAUACAUCAGUUGCACUAUUCGAUGCCAUAGGUGCAUGGGAUCUCAUCAAGGGUACUCGUAUAGCCCCAUUCAAUCAGUUACGUGUCUGGGACAGUAGUGGAUUCCCAGGUAUUCAUUUCAAAGACAAUGAUGCAAUGGGUUACAUACUAGAGAAUAGAGUAGUUAAUAGCGCACUACUCGAACGAUCAAGACAACUUGACAACGUUACCAUCAAGUCACCUGUACAAGUCAAAUCAGUUGAACUUACAACCAAACAAUCAUCUAGUAAAUCUCGUGUAUUUUUAAGUAAUGAUCAACAAUUGGAAACUGAUUUAAUUAUUGCAGCAGAUGGAGGCAAUUCAAUUAUAAAGAAACAAAUUGGAGUAUCUAGUCAUGGAAGAAAUUAUAAUCAAAAGGCUGUUGUUUGUACGAUUAAACUAGCACCAAAUCAUCAACCAAAUACAUUGUAUCAAAGAUUCCUACCAACUGGUCCAAUUGCUUUAUUACCAUUGAGUGAUGGAUAUGCAUCAAUUAUUUGGUCAACCAAUACUAUUCAUGCAAAUUAUUUAUUAUCAUUGGAUGAUGAAAGCUUUAUGGUUCAACUCAAUCAUGCAUGGUUCUCGCCAUCAAAGAUAUCAAAUGACAGUGUACAUGAUGCACUCACUACAAUAUUCGAUCUUAAUCCAUCUGGACUUUCUGGACAGGAAUUACAUCUACCACCAAUUGAAAAGGUGUCUUCUAAAAGAGCAUCAUUCCCUCUUAGACUUGAUCAUACUUUAAAUUAUACUGAUAAAGGUUUAUGUUUAAUUGGGGAUGCAGCACAUCUUAUUCAUCCAUUAGCUGGACAAGGUGUUAAUUUAGGUUUGGCUGAUGUAAUUGCGUUGAGCAAGACUAUAUCAGAGAGUGUAAAGAGUGGAUACAAUGUUGGUGAUUCCAUGAUGUUAAAGAAAUAUGAAGAUGAAAGAAAGAUUGAGAAUAUCAAGAUGCUUGCCAGUGUAGAUACUCUAUUCAACCUUUUUGAAAAUAAUUCAUUCCUUGUCAAAUCCAUUCGUAAUAUUGGUCUUUCAAUUUUAGAUAAUAUCACUCCAUUAAAGAAUUUGAUAACAUCAGUUUCCAAAGGAACUAAAAUAUCUUUAAAGGGAAUUGGUUCCAACCAAAAUUAA